UAUGCAGAUCCAAUACAAUGCAAGAUAUGUACAGUUUUUCUGUGUCGUUCUCCUAUUAUGCGUGGUUCGCAGUGCAGCUAUAGAUGUGUAUAUGUGCGACCCCAAUAACCAUACAAGUGCUGAAUUCCAGAGUAAUAUGAACAUAGUUCUUAAUACUCUUGUAAACAAUACAUCAGUAUCAAACGGUUUCAAUACAUCUACCUUUGGGCAAAGUCCAGACAGAGCUUAUGGUCUCCUCCAAUGUUGGAGAGACGCAACUGUAGAGGAAUGCCUCAGCUGCUCACAAGAGGCAAAUAGCAGAGUUCGCCGCCUUUGUGGAAAUGCCUUAGGCGGUAGAACUUGGCGUGACAAGUGCUUCAUACACUACGAGAACUAUUCCUUCUUCGGAAUACUUGAUACGCAGACAAGAAUUGGCUACAAUUUAGGGAAGGUCACCGAUGACCCUGAUGUGUUUAGGACGGCAGUUAAGGAGCUUUUCACAAAUCUGUCAGAUGCAGCCCUUCAAUCCCCAUUUCGAUAUUCUUCUGGAGCAACAACUACAUCUACAUUUUAUCGGAUAUACAGUCUGGUUCUAUGUUGGAGUGAUUUAAUAUCUGAUGGGGACUGCAAAACAUGUUUAACAAAUGCAAUUAGUCAACUGUUAUCUGUGACUUUUCGGGGCAAUGAGACUUUUCAGGGAGGAGGGGCCGGUUCCGGAAGUUGCUAUGCUCGCUACGAAACGUACCCGUUCUUCAAUCCUGCACCUCGACCGCUUUCUCCAACACCAAUUUAGGAGCCACCAUUAUCACCUACAACAGCGACUAUCUCAAUAUCGAUUCUGCAUAGUAAAGUGCUUUUAUGCUAAUAGCAAUUAUGAUGGUAUUCUGACGAAUACCAUAGAGAGGGAAUAUGAUGGCAAUUUUUAAUAAACGAUCUAUCCGCAUGAGCUAAUACAAAUGUUACGGCAAUAGAUCACAUAGAUAUUAUGUCUGUUGCACUUAAUUACUCGUUCAUUUUAAUUGGUUGUUUUUUAUGUUUUUAAGUAAUCAGAAGAAUAAUAAUAAUAUUAUACCAUUUCAAAUGGAUUUAUUUUGCUUUUUGAGAUUAACACGCCUAGCAUUUAUCGUUACUUAGCACUCAAAUUGAUCCCCCAGAGUAGAAAGUCACCAAACAAAAUUGGUUCAGUUUUGAGUAUUACGGGGAGCCCGUUGAUCGUGUUUCUGUUAUGCCCUUUUUGUUAGAAAUAGUAAAUUUAUUAUGCUUUGUCUCCACAGAGCAGCCAACCAGGACCUUCACUGUCUCCUGCAGAGCAUCUAUAAUGAUGCCAUUAUCUUAGCCCUUAUCUUAUCCUCUCUGUUGGUCACUCCAGCCUUAUCUUCUUGAUCUGUCCAACCUUAUCCUCAAGCGAUGAGAAGAGUCAUUAUGUAUUGUUCUAUAAAUUGAGUCAAUGAGAAUGCAAUAUGAGAGCUCCUUUGUGAGUUUCUCCUCUGAUCCAUGUUUUUAACAUGGUAUCAGAGCCGAGAAGGUUCGGAGAUCUAAGGCUGAAGCCAUUGCACACGAUCACCGAAUGUUGGUGACCACUCAGUCGAGCAAAAUCAGGAGCGAUCGGAGAUAUAUUUGUCUCACUUGGUCAAGAGAGGAUACCUUGUCACAGAGGUGAACAAAAGGAACUGCAAUUCUGAAGCCACUGCUGAAGGAAGAAAUUGAUGAUGUGAUGCUCGGUGGAGGAAUACAAUUGGCAUCAUCGCAGCUGCCAAAGAAGAGAAGGCAGAUAGAUUCUGAUCUAUCAUGCCUUAAACUGAAGCCGUGGAGCUUGUCUAGCGUCUGUUUCUACUCCACACAUCUUAAAAUAAAACCUACUAGCCAAAGUUUAUAUCGUAGAAGCUUGAAGUGAUUGCUGAAUCGUUGGCAAAUGGAAAGAAGCCAAGCCGCAGCUGAUGAAAAUUGACAAGCCUCAGCAGAGGAGUAAGGCUGUCAUCACCAAAGUCUACCAAAGUGGAGGAAAUUGUUUGUAAAAUGGACGGUGAGAUGUCACCCUAGCCGCUGCCAAAAGAAAGGAGAUUGCAAGCCACGAAGAAGGCUUUGUUUGGCUUAGCUGCCAAGAAGGUUCACACCUGCCGCAUCUUUUGCCUUUUUUUAUGGUUCCUUCUCAUGAAAAUCAUUGCCCCUUGAAGAAAAGAAAGUCAUGAAAAGUGAUGACUAUUGGAGAAAAUAGAGAGCCAAAGGAUUAUUGAAGAAGCUACUAUAGACGCUCAAGCUGAUUGGAGAAGGGAAGUCGAAGGGUAUCACUUGUUCAAAGGAAAUUCACAGUACAGAAAAACAAGUGUCUAAACAAGAGCUUGGAGAGGCAGAUGAAUCUGAAGGAAUGUUGCUUUGAAGACAAGCUAAUUAGGAGCCGCCCAAAUUGUAGAAUACGCUGAAGCUGCUGAAGGUGAUAUCGCUGCUACAGACCAGACAGAGCUCAUAUUUGCAAUGGGAGUCAGAUUUUGAUUAGUUGCAUGCCAAUUAGUAGAGUUGAUCUGGGAGGAAUGUUCUCUGUGGAGAUUGUUGGAUUGCUAUUGUUUUCUCCAUGUUUUCUGAUGACAGUUUUAGGCAGUGCUAAUCUUUGGCCAUUACUUAGCACAACAUAAAUCUCCUCUUACAAGGGCUACCUCUUCUCAUAACAAUCUGUAAGACUAUCAUUUAUUUGGGUUUGAUUAUUUAUUUGUAUGGAGAAGGGUUCUCUUGGUUCAAAUUCUGGGUUAAGUGCCCCAAUUUAUAAUGCCAUGUUCUUCUUUGUAUC